AUGGCGAUCAAGACGACAUGCAAGCGAGCAAGACGUCCAGCGCGGACGCGAGGACUCGCUUGGGCCUGGCCCGUGGCUUCCGCCCUUCUGCUACUUCGGCAUUCGCCAGAGCCCUCUGCCAUCGCAGGCUUCCUCCUCCAGCCUGGCAGCUCCCGGCGAGCGCUGCUCUCUGCAGCGGCUCUCCUGAGUCAACCCCUCGCCAAGGACGCAGCCUCCGCUGCACCCGCAGAGGUGUGUGAUGACAGCUGCCUCUCCAAAAUAUUUGGAAACUUCGCGAAUCCGAAUUCCCAGGAGGAGCGCGACAUCUUCUUCUCCUUUAGCGAGGAGAGCAUCACGUACGCUUAUGGCACGAUCACCCCGAAGUCGGUGCGCUCCGUGCUCAAGCGCUUGGAAUUCCAGCCGUCAGACGUCUUUACGGACCUGGGCUCGGGUAUCGGCAACGUGGCCCUGCAGGUCUAUGCGAACACCCCGAUGCAACGCGUUCGUGGCAUCGAGUUCGUGAAGGAAAGGCACAAUGAUGCCGUGAGGCAUGCAGAGGAAUUCCAGCGCACGCACCAGGUUAGCAAGGACAAAGAGAUCCUGCUGGUGAACGGCGACGUUUGCAAGGAGGACUGGUCGGACUCGACCAUCGUCUUUUCUUCCUCCACGUGCUUCGACGACCGGGCGAUGGAGUGCCUUCGACGUCUUUGCGAAGAGAACUCCAAGCUGAAGUAUCUGGUAACGUCACGCGAGCUUCCGCCGACGUCACUGAGGUCACUUGGGGUACUCGAGAGCCUUGAAACCUCCUGGUCAACAAAGAGUGACGUGACCUACUGGGUGUACACCAACGUACCCGACGUGAAGCUGCGAAAUGCCUGA